AUGGAAUGGGAGCGAGAAGGCACUGUGCCACCACAUGUGUUUGAAACCUUUGGAAAACACAACAUGUUACUCCCUAAUCUACCUUCUCCCUUGCCAGUUGAAUGGCUGAAAAAACUGAACAUCCACGAUAUCCUGGGAGUGAAGGUUGAAGAUUGGGAUCUCAUAUAUACUGGUAUAUAUUUGGACGAGAUGUCAAGAUGUGGGUUGAGCGGUCCACCUAGCUCUUUGACAGCCGGCUUUGCAUUCGGAAUUCCGCCAAUGCUCAAGUUUGGCAGCGCGGCUUUGCAGGAGAAAUUUCUUCCUGAUAUGUUAACAUGCAAGACCAGAUCGUGUAUUGCUAUUACUGAGCCUGAUGCGGGUAGUGAUGUCGCAAAUAUCACUACUACCGCCGAGAAGAGCGCAGACGGCAAGCAUUAUAUCAUCAACGGCGAGAAGAAGUGGAUCACAAAUGGAAUCUGGUCAGAUUACACCACCAUGGCUGUACGUACUGGUGGCCCAGGUCCCACUGGAUUGUCGAUGAUAGUCGUCCCGUUGAAGGGCUACCCUGGCGUAACAAUGCGUCGGCUCCCGGUCUCUGGCCAGGUCUGCGGUGGCACUACCUUCAUUGAAUUGGAUAAUGUUAAGGUGCCGGUCGAGAACCUGAUAGGUCGAGAGGGUUAUGUGGGAGUAACUCGUCAGGCGCGUGUUGCUCUCAGCGCUGCAUUCGAAUAUUGCAUGAAACGCGAGGCAUUUGGCAAGACGCUGAUGGAUCAGCCGGUUGUGAGACAUAGGUUGUCCAAGGCUGGCGCGGAACUCGAGUCUAUGUGGGCCUGGGCAGAACAAUUCUUAUACCAAAUGAAUAAUAUGUCCAAGGAUGAAGGAGACAGAAGAUUGGGUGGUUUGACUGCUUUGGCCAAAGCUAGGGCCGGAAUUGUGCUCAACGAAUGUGCCCAGGUGGCAGUUCUACUGUUUGGCGGGCUAGGAUUCACGAAAUCCGGUCAGGGAGAGCUGGUUGAAAAAAUCUUACGUGAUGUUCCCGGAGCUCGAAUUCCAGGUGGCUCGGAGGACGUCCUGCUUGACCUCGCGGUUCGGCAGCUUGUUAAGAAUUUCAAGGCAGAGACCAAGAAAUUGGGCGAGCCUGCUAAGCUUUAA